AUGCUGCAGCGGUGCGCGACACUGACCGGCGCGCCACUCCGGGCUCGGGGAUACAGCACGGUGCUAGGCGCGUGUGCUGUGCUCCAUCAGCGUGGGGGCUACGAAGGCCGCGGUGGUGGCCCUCGGUUCGGCUACGGUGACGGCGGUCCCCCUCCUGGCCAGCAGCAUUAUCAGCAGCAAGGAGGCGGGUACGGAAACCGCGACGAUGUUUCGCGCAACCGCGGCGGCAGCGACCGUGGAUACGAGAACCGCAACCAGAGCUAUGAAAAUCACCAGCAGCGCUACGUCGAUCGCCCGCAAAGACGUGACAAUGAUCAGCAAGGGUACAUCAAUCGUCGACAGAACUACGAUGAUCGUAACCAGGGCUACGACGAUCGCCAAUCGGCACCGCGGCGUGGCAAGGAGCAGUACCUCACGCAGGAUGCAGACAGGCUACUGAGAAUGAAGCAUGAUUACAAGAAAGCAAAAGACACAAAGGAGCGCUUUGGGAUUACAAAAGAGGCUCGGCGGCUUCUGCGUCGCACGCGCAUCGACCCCUCCACCCAAGACGAGCGGUCUGUUGCCAUCGUGAUCAACUGCGCCGCCACCUUCUCUGUUCCAGCAAAGAUGGAGGCGGUGGAGCAGGCGUUUCAAUGGAUGCGAAGCAACAUCGGUGGCGUCUCACCUCAGAAUGUAGCCCUUUUCGCGAACGCGUUGGGUCUCAUCUCCCCCCCAGAGGCGAAGCAAGUGAUGAUCAGUGAGGUCAUGCCGGCUGUGCAGUCUGUGAUGCGCGAAAUGGCACCCGUGGAAGUAGUUAUGGUGCUGCAGGCACUUCAGCGCUUGGGAGUCGAGGAGAAUGAAAAGCUGCAGGACGAUCUCCUCUCCCAUCUCGAGCCGUGUGUCUCCUCGAUGCCGGUUCAGCAGUUGUCUACACUGGCGUCUGUCCUCCAUCAUCACUCAAUGCAAACGCGAGACAAUGCGAAGUGGAAGCAGAUUGCACACGAGACGUUGGCACGCGCUCUUGCAGGGGUGGACGGGAUACACUCACGGGAGGCCAUCGUUCUUCUUUGCGCCGCACCGUUUUUGGACGCCUCCCAGAAGCAGAUUGGCCAACUUCUCGCUCGCGUGACAGAAACUGUGCAGUUCCACACGGAUGAUCAGGUCGGGGAACUGAUGAGCGCAAUCCUCCACAUUAGACAGCAGGUCAGUGAGCCGAGUGUCGAGUUGACGGCGGCUGUCGAGGAGCUUCACAGGGCACUGAUGGCACGUUUGGAGAAGGUGAGCGCUUUUGUGGGAGCUAGAAGUGCGACGCGCAUCUGGAACUACGCACACGCUUCCAACGUCGAGCUUCCCUCCGCGAUUCAAGAGACCAUGUGCGCUGCACUCAUACAGCUCAUGACAUUCCGCACCAUUCCAUUCCGAGCAUUGGCACGGCUGAUGGCAUCGCUAUCCACACAGAAGCUGCCCUCCGCUGAAAUUCUUACUGUCGUUGCGAACUGCAGUGUUGGAGUGCGACCGCCUCGGCCUGCAAAGGCGAUUUCCCCCCAAGAGAGUGAGAUGCCGGAGGAUGGAACGGAUCACGAGAGCAUCCGCGCCGCGGCCUGCGAGGCGCUGUACAGUCGUCACUUUGGUACUCUCACUGAGCUGCGCAUCAGCCUUGAAAACGCCUUUGCCAAGAACGAUGUCCCUCCCAACGACGCUCUCGCCAAGACGCUGCCAGAGCAUCUUCUCAAACAUGCUGCAGAAGCUUCGCCGCGACAAAUGCUGACGGCCGUUGUGGCCAUUGCGCUAGCACCGGCCGAUUGCCCGUAUCGAAACAAGACUCACGAUAUGGCAGUGCGUGCCGCAGUACUUAAAGCGCUCGAGGACAACCCUAACAAGUUCAAGCCCGACUUGAGCCCUGAGCUUGUGGACUGGUUCGUGAGCAGUAUCCCCGCCGAUUCCGAUUCAGCAGAGAUAGUGGCGGCGGUGCAAAAGGCCACUGCGCCGUGA